AUAUAUUCAAUAAUCUUCAAUCUUCAAUAUCCCCAAGUAUUGAGCUUCCUGUCCGUGCAGCCUCGGAGCUACGCCUCUCAUCUCUUCCCUCCUCCCGACCCAGCUUUGCGCAGCUUACUCCGGACCUCCCUUUCCGAUCCUUCGUAGUCUCGCCUUGACUGAAAUCUCCUCUGCUAUCUCUCUGCUUGACAGUGUCCGGUCGCUUCAUCGCCCUACCUACUACCCUUGCCUCCCCCGGCUCAUCCUUCCCUUUUAACUUUUCUCGCCUGCCUGCCCGUUCUUGGCGAGAUCUCACGACUCAAAGCCGCCGCAUCCUGUGGUGAACCAGCUGCAGAAAAGCCCUCGAAUUCACAUUGCCCACGCGGUUGUCGGGUAUCUGCAAGGUUGAUAUACUGGUGAUUGGAAAUUUGCGCUCUCCCCGGCGCUAGGAAGCCAAGACAUUCCAACGCCCAGGGGCACCUUUUCUCGGCGUCACGCUUGCAACCUCUGUUGUUCGUGCGAUCACUCUGCGCCCCCUCGUUCCUAGCUUGGCAAUUAUCCUAGCCUUGCAGUGAUGGGUCAAUCGCAUUCCAAGGGCAACGCCAGCUCCGGCGACCCGUUGCAGUCGUACCCGUCCUUUUCGAAAUCUGACACCAAAGAAUCCCUUCGCUCGUUCCGCGGCUCCAUUCGCUCGAAAAUCCCCGGUGCCCGCAGCACCGACAGCCCUCGUGGCUCAACAACUGCCCUCUCCCGAACCGAAAGUCAAGGUGACAAGUCCGACGCGGGGUCAGUUAGAUCUGCCAGCAGUCGACCUGGCUCCGUCGCUGGCCUCUCGUCUCCAGGCUCUGAGAAUGUCUCGCGCACUGGCACGCCGGAGCCUCCACCAUCGCCGUCGCUGUCCUCCAGCCUCAAGCGCGGCCAUAAGGAUGUGAAUGCGAUGCAGCAGAGUGGCGAGGUGGACCAUGUGUCCGACGGUCCUCCGUCUGGCGGUCCACCUGUUGGAACUGCGUUGAAGGCGGGUGAAUCGAUCUUGAUCAAGCGAGAAAAUCAACUCAACCCUAUCUUGGAUUUCAUUCUCAACGCCCCGCUCGAGACUUCCGGGUCUCCCGGCAUGGGCAUGGGCGCAUUGAAGUCGAUCGACUUGGAUGACAUGAUCUCGAGACUGUUGGAUGCUGGUUAUUCCGCCAAGGUCACCAAGACCGUUUGUCUCAAGAAUGCUGAGAUUACUGCCAUUUGCUCUGCCGCUCGGGAGCUCUUCCUUUCCCAGCCGGCCCUUUUGGAGCUGUCUGCUCCGGUCAAGAUCGUUGGUGAUGUCCACGGUCAGUAUACCGAUCUGAUUCGCCUCUUUGAGAUGUGCGGUUUCCCACCGGCGUCAAACUACCUCUUCCUGGGCGAUUACGUCGACCGGGGCAAGCAGAGUCUGGAGACGAUCCUCCUGCUGAUGUGUUAUAAGCUCAAGUACCCGGAGAACUUCUUCUUGCUCCGCGGCAACCAUGAGUGUGCUAACGUCACGCGGGUGUAUGGUUUCUAUGACGAGUGUAAGCGACGUUGCAAUAUCAAGAUCUGGAAGGGCUUUAUCGAUACCUUCAACUGUCUUCCCAUUGCCGCCAUUGUGGCCGGUAAGAUCUUCUGUGUGCACGGUGGAUUGUCACCCAGUCUGUCGCAUAUGGACGAUAUUAGGGGUAUUGCCCGGCCGACCGAUGUUCCUGAUUAUGGUCUACUGAAUGAUCUCCUGUGGAGUGAUCCGGCGGAUAUGGAGGAAGAUUGGGAGCCGAACGAACGUGGUGUUAGUUAUUGCUUCGGCAAAAAGGUGAUCAUGAACUUUUUGCAACGCCAUGAUUUUGAUUUGGUGUGUCGUGCCCACAUGGUGGUCGAGGAUGGGUAUGAGUUUUAUCAGGAUCGGAUCCUGGUGACCGUCUUUUCAGCGCCCAACUACUGCGGCGAGUUCGACAAUUGGGGUGCUAUCAUGUCAGUCUCUGGCGAGCUCCUCUGCAGUUUCGAGCUCUUGAAGCCUUUGGAUUCGACCGCCUUGAAGAAUCACAUCAAGAAGGGCCGCAAUAAGCGAAACAGCAUGCUGAGCAGUCCUCCGGCACUGCCCUCCGCUCAGAGUUUCUAGUUUGGAUGAUCGACAACCUACGAGUCCCGAUCUCGGGAUCCGAUAUAUGCUACCCUCGCCCUUGGCGCACACCCAUCUGCAGAACCCGACAGAAAUUGAAACCCGAUCUUCACCUACCCCCCUCAUCAGCCGGAUGGUUGCAGCUUCGUUGCUGGAGUGUGGCUGAAGACUGAAAUAACUUACGCUGGGAUCUGCCAGGAUUUUUCUCCAUCGAGGGUCCUCUCCAGACUUUUAUGUCUUUUUCUGACCCACAAGAUUAGUCGUGUCAAAUGUCUGUCGUGCCAAAUCGUGGCCACCCUCCGAUAACCUGGUUCGAUUCAUGCCGAAACGGCCCAGACUCUAUUCCACGCGCAGGCGGAUCCCAUUUAUGACCAGACAUGCAGAGGAAAGCAGGCCUGGGGUUGCUAUUCUUCUGGGCCAAGGCCUUGCCUUCACCCCGCUCGUUAGGCUCGUGCCUUUGGGCAUGUAUGCCGCUGAUCAGGUACAGACAUGAACGCGGCCCCGAUAUCGCUGGGUAGCUCUACUCUUCCCGCGUCUGGCCGAUUUCCUCUGCCUUUAUGUAUCUACUCUCUUUUCUCUAUUCUCUUAGAAAUUGGUGUUUGGAGGGGGUCGGUUAUCCUUAUCCAAUCUAAGUUGUUAUCCGGUGGCGCUAGUCUUGCAUUGAUUUUUUAGCUGCUUUGCUUGAACAAUUCAAG